AUGGAGAAAUGGAAGCAGUUGCUGGCCGUGUUGGUGGUGCUUCAAUUGAAUUUGCAACGUGCAGAAAAAAAGCUUGAAACGUGUGCAACGCGACAAGGAGAGGACAGAUUUUGGGUGGGAAGAGACACAGCAGGGCGCGAUUUUGGGUCUGUGGCAAGCGCGGAUCGAAUUGGUAAUUGGCAAGGGAAAUUUGCAGAAAAAAAAAGUAAUAACGACAAAAGGGGAGAACAACCUAAGCAGAAAAGAGGGCACACAGGGUUGCAUUUUUAUCAUCACUCAUUUACAAAGAGAAUACGAAGUAAAAAAGGCACCACUCACGACAUCAAGAAUCAAGGACUUGAGAGCAAGCUUCAUUUUGGAAAGUUGGACCUACACCGAGGGAGGAGAAGGAGACCCGUUGGAGACGCGAGGUUGGCGAGUGUAAACGGAUCUUUGAGAGGUAUGUCGACCUCAGACUCAACAUCAGUACAGAGCAGACGUACACGAGGAGUGACACGUUUGCCAGAAGCAACAUCUAGACAGGUUCCUGGGCAGAGAAGACAUCUUGAGAUUGACCCAAGAACCGAUGUGGCAUCAGGGCUAAAUGCUGAUAGAUUUAGUAGUUAUCUGGGUAAGAUAGCCAAAACCCAUGUUUCUAUCCUUCAUGCAACUUGGGAUGACGUCCCAGAGGACGAGAAGAACCUCUUAUGGCAAGAUGUUCAGCUAAAAUAUGAUGUUCCAAACACAUUGGAAUGAGGAAGAAAAUCUUAUCGCACAUAUGUAAGAGAUGGAGGGAUUUCAAGACAAGGCUGACACGUCUGUAUGUAUAUGGAAAAAGACAACAUGAGAAUCCAUCUCAGCAUUAUUCCUUCACAGAAGAAGAAUGGAUGCAGUUUCGUCAAUCUAGAGAGACUGAGGAAUGGAAGGGUAAAAGGUUAGCCACACAAGAAAGGCAAAGGCUAAAUGAUGCACCACACGUGUUAUCACGAGGUGGUUAUGCGAAACUGGAGAAGAAACUUAGGAAGGAUCGAAUGGAUGAGUUGGGGCUUGAGUCCUCGGACCUAGCACCUCCACCUACAAGGUACGAGAUGUGGAAGGCUGCUCGGAUGAAAUCUGAUGGGAACAUGACAUCUGCCUAAGUCAUAGCGAUCUCAUAGAUAAUUGAUGAGUUGGUUAAGCAACAGACACAGGGAACAUUUACUCCCCAAGGUAGGGAGGACAUUUUAACAGCGGCCAUUGGAAAACCGGAGCACCCAGGACCUGUACGUGCCGUUCCUAGGUCCAUUGGUCUUCAUGACUACUUUGGUCCUGUACAGAAAACAACUUAAUCAACGAAUCAGGAGGCACUGAGGCAGAUGGAUCUUCAGUGGGAACAAAGAAUUCGUCAAAUGGAGCAACGAUUCACUGAGCAGCUAGAAGAACAAAAAAAAAUACAAAGAGCGCUUGAAGAGAAUCUACAAUCCAUGACGCAGGCCACCCUGGGUGUGCCCACUGAAACUCCCACACCACCUCCUGCCAGCACCAAAGGAUCCUGCUUUGCUGUUGAACCUACUGACUACAUUGGUCAGUAUGACUUUUUGGUUGAUGGGGAUCCCGCACGCAUUGUGGCUGUCGAACGAGUAGUUGAGGGAGGCCAGACUAUUCGUGGUGUUCUGAUGGGUGUCACACCCCAUGCAAAAUUUAAUGAGCAUAUGAGAAAUGCAGUAUAGCUAGGAAGUGACUCCUAGGUCGUCUCUCAAGGACCAAAUGUGGUUCAAGAAUUAGGCCUAACACACAGUGGGGGGGGGGGUUGGUGAAAGGUUUUAUAAAUGCAAAUGACUAAAUUAAAAUGGAAAUUAAACACACUAAGCAUAAUUAAAAUCUUUAAAGUGAACACUAGAAUUAAA